UUAGGAAUUUGUUUGCAUUUUUGGCAAUAAAUGUGUUGUCAAUCAAUUGACGCGAAAAUUCUGCAAAAAGUGUAGAAUUGAUAAAUGCUUUGCCAUCGGAAUGAAGAAAGGAAUGUGUCACUCGCACAAUGGCACAAAAGACAUUAUGGUAAAACAUAGCCAUAGGAAACACUCAACAGACUUUGAAUGCAAUUCUUCUCAGGAACCGAUUGAUAGCUCGGCAAACAAUAUGUGUUUGUAUGGAAACGGUAACAGCGAUAACACUUUCAUCCAUCAAAUCCCAAACAUCAUAAGAGGGCUUAUAUUUGAUUUCAAUGAUCUGGAAAUGUAUCGAAUGAGACAACUGUUUAGCUCAACCGCUCAUAUGAGAGAUCCGGUGGCGAGGAUUACGUCGGAUCCCAAAACACACCCCGAAGUGAACAGAAUUUUUCAACACAGAACUGAUAUGAGAUGUCGACAAACAAUCAAAAUGUGUAAAACAAUGACUGAAUUCAGGGAUUUGUGCGAAAACGACCAAAUAAUCCUAUUGAAGACCUCUUGCUUCGAGAUGUUGUGCUUCGUGUCUGUCCUCACGUUUGACUUUACCGACCAAUUCUGGACCGUUUAUAUUGAUCCGGAGAAUGCGGCCAUGCUCAGAUUGGAGGCGCUAAUAAAGUGGGGCAAAAUGAAUCUCUAUGAUAUACUUAUUAAUUAUAUGUUUAAACUUAACCAAGAGUAUAAUCAGGACACAAACCUUAUUGAUUUGUUGAUGGCAAUAAUAGUAUUCAAUCCCAAUCGACCAAAUUUAAAGCAAACUGAUCAAGUUAUGAUUCAAAGGGAGACAUAUAUUUAUUUACUUCACCGCUAUUUAGAGUUAAAACACAACUCGAAAACAGAGGCAGAGAUACGGUUCACACGAUUAAUGAAUUGUCUGCAAGACUUGUAUACUUUGAGAAAUGUCAUGAAAUCUAAUUAUAUCUCAAGUGAUCCUAAGAAUGGGCACGAAUUGAGGAAAUACAAAACUCUCAAAUGCAGGACUAGAGAUGUGAUUCGUGUGGACAAUGAACUAACUUCAAAAUAUUCUAAAAAUAUGCACAAAUUGGUCACAGGAAAGUAUAUUUGA